CUGAAGUGUGUGUGUCUUUUGUGUGACUCUUCCAACUUCACCUGCCAAACUGAAGGGGCAUGUUGGGCCUCUGUCAUGUUGACCAAUGGGAAAGAGCAGGUGAUCAAAUCCUGCGUGUCCCUCCCGGAAUUAAAUGCUCAAGUCUUCUGCCACAGUUCCAACAACGUGACCAGAACUGAAUGCUGCUUCACAGACUUCUGCAACAACAUCACACUGCACCUUCCAACAGUAUCGCCGAAUACCCCCAGACUGGGCCCCACAGAGCUGACGGUUGUUAUCACUGUGCCUGUUUGCCUGCUCUCCAUAGCGGCCAUGCUGACAAUAUGGGCAUGCCAGGACCGCCAGUGCACAUACAGAAAGACCAAGAGACACAACGUGGAGGAACCUCUGGCAGAGUACAGCCUGGUAAACGCGGGAAAAACACUCAAAGAUUUGAUUUACGAUGCCACUGCCUCCGGUUCAGGCUCUGGUCUGCCUCUUUUGGUGCAAAGAACGAUUGCAAGGACUAUUGUACUUCAAGAAAUAGUAGGAAAAGGUCGAUUUGGGGAAGUGUGGCAUGGAAGAUGGUGUGGGGAAGAUGUGGCUGUGAAAAUAUUCUCCUCCAGAGAUGAAAGAUCUUGGUUUCGGGAGGCAGAAAUUUAUCAGACAGUGAUGUUGAGACAUGAGAACAUCCUUGGCUUCAUUGCAGCUGACAACAAAGAUAAUGGAACUUGGACUCAGCUUUGGCUUGUAUCAGAGUAUCAUGAACAGGGCUCCUUAUAUGACUAUCUGAACAGAAACAUAGUAACCGUGGCUGGGAUGAUCAAGCUGGCACUUUCCAUAGCCAGUGGUCUGGCUCACCUACAUAUGGAGAUCGUUGGUACUCAAGGUAAGCCUGCUAUUGCUCAUCGAGAUAUAAAGUCAAAGAAUAUCUUAGUGAAAAAAUGUGACACUUGUGCCAUAGCCGACUUAGGGCUGGCUGUGAAACACGAUUCAAUCAUGAACACUAUAGACAUACCCCAGAAUCCCAAAGUGGGAACAAAGAGGUAUAUGGCUCCUGAAAUGCUUGAUGAUACAAUGAAUGUGAGCAUCUUUGAGUCCUUCAAGCGAGCUGACAUCUAUUCUGUGGGGCUGGUUUACUGGGAAAUAGCUCGAAGGUGUUCGAUUGGAGGAAUUGUUGAGGAGUACCAGUUGCCUUAUUAUGACAUGGUGCCUUCAGAUCCUUCAAUAGAAGACAUGAGGAAGGUUGUUUGUGACCAGAAGUUCCGACCAAAUAUCCCAAACCAGUGGCAAAGCUGUGAAGCACUCCGGGUCAUGGGAAGAAUAAUGCGUGAGUGCUGGUAUGCCAACGGGGCAGCCCGCCUGACAGCCCUGCGCGUGAAGAAGACCAUUUCGCAGCUGUGUGUCAAGGAAGACUGUAAAGUCUAGCUAGCACCACAGACAGACAAAAGGAAACCUGCCGCAGCAUCCUUUUGUGUCUCCUGCUUUGUGUAAAUGUUUUUGCUUCUUUUUGCCAUGUUUUGUUUUAGUUCUACCUCAAUGAUGAUUCACGACAGUGUUUAGGUGUCCCAAAGGCAGCAUGAAAAGAUAACUCUAAAGUUAAGCAUGGGCAAGUCUUGACUUUUCCAAUCUCCAUGUUGUCAUUAAUUUUAUUUUUAAAGGUGACACAACUCAUUUUUUUUUUAAUUUAAGGAGGAAGAUGUUAUGAAUAUAAAAUAAGCUACAUAAAAUACAAUCAAAUUGUUGUUUUACUUGAACCAUGAGCACAAACAAAUGCGGUGAAAAUGUAUAAAAAAUGUGAACUAGGGCAUAUUAUAGGAAAAUAGGACUUUAGAAACUAUCUGGACCCCCCUUGAAAAAUGAUGUUUGCUCAGAAUGUUCAUAUCUAAAACCUGAAAUGGUGGAGAUCAUCAGCGGGUUAUGAGAGCAAGGUGAUUCUCUCCGUGCUUGCUCUCUCCUCCUGCUUGUCACCCUCUCCAUUACCACUGCAGCCUUCCACAAGUAGUUAGAAAGCCACCCGAGCUGUUGCUUCUGAUGUAAUAAAGAGGCCCCUGACGUCUUGAACACUGUGAAAUGUUUCAGAGUCACAGAGCUCAUGCCAGAGAUGGUAACAAACCCUGUGAUGACAACGAACACUGUGAAGUUAGCUGGCCCUCCACAUUCCCUUCAAUUCCCACAGUUCUUUUCUUCCUAAGCAGGAGCAUCUUCAGUUAUGAUAUUUCUAAUUUAGUCAUAUAGAUACUAUAUUGAGUAUUCUAGAAGACCAUAGUGGAUUUGCUAGAAUCUCAAAAACAACCUACUAUCAUUUCCUUAUAAAAAAAGUCAUCACUAUUCCAUUCUUUAAUGAGAAAAAUGUUUUCUGAACAUUGCCAAAGAUUGACCAAGUAUAAACAUAUAUUGUCUAGAGAUGUAUAUCUUAAGAUGUAAUUACUUUGGAGUAUUUAUUUAGAAAUAAAAUGACAAGAAGAUAAACAAGGAAAUAUGUUGAGAAAAUCUAAGAGAGCUCUUCCAGAAGAGUUUAACCUCUGAUUGGUACAGAGAGGACCACACUGGUUAUUAGAAGACAUUCUUGGCCUUUUAAGAGGAACUGUGAGUAGAGAGUUUUGGAGGCUCUGCCUCUAUUCUCCUUUUUUGAGGUAUGAAAUAUUUAACAGGACACCUGAUAUUUCAUUCAAAUGUACUAUACUGCUUUAGUAAAGGUGAUUUAACGUGUCUUUCAGUGUUCCCAAACUCCAUUACUCAGAACAUUCUUCUGCCUAGAUGUGUUUUCUGACAGCAUCUUGAAGAGUGACACUGCACACUAGCACAUCCAAUUCUUUGAGGGUUCUGGCAGUAAAGACACAUUACCUGGAUAUUUUUAAGGCCAAAUAUUUGAUCAAGUAUAGUGCAGUCUUUUCAUUAUAGGUAGGGCAAAAUUUUACUUUCUGGUGUUUUGAUGUUCUACACAGUAUAACAUGGGGAGUCCCGUUCUGAAGGAUGCACCUAAGUUUUCCACAAGAAUACAACUUCAUGUGUACAUUUCACUGUGGCAAUAUGAUAUGAGAUUCACUUCAUUUGACUAGGCUGAGAUCAGAGAAACAAAAUGCCUUGAUGACUAUGGGGUUUGCCUAUAUUUCCGUUCUCAAUCAUACAUUCAUCCAUUUAUAAGCACAGAGCACCCCAUAACUCACUUGCCACAAUAUUGGGUACAAGAGGGAAUAAAAAGAUAGAUAGGUCCUGCCCUCAGGGAUUUUAAAGUCUAAUUUGGGAGUGGGAAAAAACAUAUGAGUAUGAGGGAAGAAAGUAAAUUGACAGAUAAAAUAUGCAGUGGGAUGUCUUGAGUUCUGUGUGACAAUGCUUUCUAGAAUAGGUCUGAAAAAUCACUUCCAAUUUGCAACACAUUUAGAAAGGAUCUUUAUUUAGAUAUUACAGUCUAAUUAUAUUAUCAGUAUCGAAAAGGUGCGCCUAUGUGAAUGGAUGUUAAAAGGAACCGUGUGAAGGGGUGAUCUGGCUUGUGUCUAUUACCUUAUUUCACACAGUUUCUGCAUGAAGGAAAUGAAAUGAUUGACCUAGAUGAUUGUAUUCAAAUCUUUAAUAAAAACUUAAUACAUCCUGUUCUAUUUACCACUGUUUUGUGAAUAUACUUACUAGAUUUUUAAGAGAGGAUGUUUUAGCAUCUUUAUUUUUUGUCAUUAUGUUUUAUAAUUUAUCUGAUAGUAUGCAAAUGUAACUUAUAUUUUAUUGAUUCAGAUUUCACUGUGGAGAAAUCUGCACAUUGCUGUGUUCUGAGACAUUUCCCUUGUUCUUUUGUUGCUGAACUGUAAUUCCUAAGUAAAUAGUCUUGAAGGACAGAGGAGCAAAUGUGUAAGGGGACAGUAGAACUUGUUUUUCCUUAACUCUCAACACAGUUAGACAUAGAAACUACUCACUUAUUAAAAAUAGAGUAACAUUUAGAGAAUAAGGCAGAUUUACUGUACAUACCUAUGCAGUUCAAUUUUAUACUACAUGUUUUAAAUGGAAUGUCAUGUAAUAAUUGUUCCUUUUAAAUAUUGUUAUGAGCAAAAAUAUCUUCUUAGGGUAGGUGCACAGUGACAUCGUUGUCUUGCUCCUUAUGGAUAUUUUGGCUCUGGGUAUAGCAUAGAGCUUAGGAAUGCUAUUAUGAAUUUUAGUACUGUAUGCAGAAAUGAUGGGACUUAUACACAUCAUCACUUCUUGAAAUAUGAGGCACGUUAUUUGUUGUCGACAUUUGAGCAUGAAUUUGUUGCCUUAUAAGUUGUACGUUUAAGUUUGUAAUCAGUACCAAUUUUGUUGUAUGCAUUCUUCUGUGUCUAAAAUAUUUGGCAUGUCACAUCUAGAAUUCUUAAUUUAUGUUCUGCCUUGAGAGUUAAGUGAAACAUGACUGUCGUGCUCUAUUUUAAGCCUAGCACUUGCUUUUCAUCUUUAUACUUUCAAUUAACUUUGCAUUUUAAAUUUCCAUAAUUGUAUGAAAAUAGUAACCUGAUUGCAAUGUCUGAAGAACUUAAAAUCAGUUUUUAUUUUAAAAUGAAAAAUCUACAAUACAUUCAUUAGAUCAGAAGUUCCACAAUAACUUAUCAUUUCCAAUGCUUCUAAUGUUGCAGAAUGAUUAAACAAAAGAGAAAUCUACUGUCCUGGAAUUUUGCCACCAUGUGACUUACUGGGGCAGAGCAAACUCAGGGCAAUCUUGGCGUCUAAGCAAAAGUCCCAGGGAUCUACUUAAUGCAUUGCCUGAAGGCAGGGAGCAGGCAUCUGCCAUCAUACAAAGACCAAGAGAACAACUUAAAAUUACAUGACAGGGAAUAGUUUUUGAGUGAUUCUUGAAAGUAAACAUGAAAUUUUCCAUAGCUAAAUAAAUUCAUUUAAAAUGUGGAAAUUUUGACUUCCUAUCAAGCAGUUAGGGAAAAAUAACAAAUGUAUCAAAACUGGUAGCUGAGGUCUUCAAUAAUCAUUUCCUUUAUAUGACUUUAAAAACCAACAUUUACCAACUACUUAGAAAUGUUGAUGCUUAGUGUCCUAACAUGACGUCACUGUAGUUUUGAAGCUAUUACCUCUUUUGAUUUGUGAAAUGUAAUACUUCACAGCGAACAAUGCUGAGUUCUAGUUUCAGCUGUUGAUUCUCACUUGGAUUUUAUUCACUAGCUUAGUGAAGACAGUCACCAAGAAGAUAGCUUUAAGGGCUUUUAGGAUUUUUUUUUCCUUUUUACAGGAUUCUU